AUGGAAAACCAUCAAAUUUCGAAGUACAAAAGUAAUCCAAUUGUCAAAGAGUAUGAUGUCCGACAAGGUAAUUUUAAAGAAAGACAAGUUGUAUCCAAACGCUUUUCAGGCCUAUACUACGUAUAUGAAAAUUUCUCAAAUUAUAAAUGGAUUUGGGUUGCAAAUGAUGAUAACUUAAUAGAUCUAGAAACCACAUCAAAGUACAUUAACAGCUUACUACACCAAUACGAUCCUGAUAAAGAAAUAGUAGUCAAAGGAAGCUGUGUUGGACUCGAUCCUCCAUUCCUGCAAGGUGGCACUGGAUUUUUAAUGUCCAGAUAUGCGGCAAAACUAAUUUUGAAAAAUUUUGAUUCAUAUAUGAAAAAUGACUUUCAUCAGUAUCCUGAAGAUUUUGCCUUUAAUAAAUUAAUUCAUAUAUUAAAUAUAAGUUUUGAUACAUGUUCUGCUCCAAUGAUAGGUCAUGGUUUUCCGAGCUUGGAUCAUUUUAAGUACGAAAAUAUGAAAAAUUGUAAAGGAAUUAAAAAUAUUGAAUCUAAGUGCUUUAUCGAUCCAUUGCCAAUAGAAGACAUUAUUGGAUAUCAUGAUAAUAAUAUUAUCGAAGGUUAUGAGCAUCUCCGAAAUCUUCAAAAACUUCGCGGUAAAAAUGUUAAAUGA